GAAAUAGCCCAGCUCAUUUUUAGAUAUAAAAAUCAAAUUUUUUUAAAUUCAAUUGUUUAUUUGGUUUUAUAGUUAUCUCAGAUUUCUAAUUUCGUCGAUUUAGCAUAAUUGGAAACGUCGGCGCAUGUCCGUUUGAUCUGUUGUUUAAUAAUAUGGCAACUCGAGUGUCGAAGCACAUUUCUCAUGUAAAGUUGCGGUUUUUUGUUAGUCUUUAUUUAUAACAUUGAAUCAGUGCCCUAAAGUUGUAUCUUGUAACGUUUUACAAAUAAAAGAUCAAAAUGUCGUUGACUGCGGUAAACGGUACCCCUAAACAACCCCAAAGAAAUGAAGAGUCGCAAGAGAUCGAGGAAGAAGAAGAAGAAGACACUAUACAUUUGGAAUAUUUUGACGAGGCCCUUCAAGUCCAUUUGCUGAAAUCGUUGAACAUGAUGAGAAAAAACCGCCAUUUCUGUGAUGUUAUACUAUACGUUGGUAAUACUGAAUUACACGCUCAUCGGUCCGUGCUGGCCAGUGUUUCCCCAUACCUGUUCGAAUUGUUCUCGGCUGAUCAAGAACAAAAACGAACCGAAAACGUGAUCACCUACAAAUUAAAUGGAGGUUUCAAUACGAGUGCUUUACAAAUUUUAAUUGAUUACGCCUACACCGGUAAACUACAAGUGACUUACAAAAAUGUUAAAGCCGUUUUCUUAUGCGCGAAUAACUUGAAAAUGGAAAGAGUUACGAAAAUUUGCGGACAACAUCUCAUAAAACACCUUUCCGUUGAGAAUUGUAUCGAAAUUAGAUCUUUACCGGGUAUAGCGAGAAAUAAAGAAUUCAUUCAACAAGUUGAUACGUAUAUUGCGAAAGAGUUUCCAGCCAUUUGCAAAACAAGCAACAUCUUAAACUUAAAUUGCGCUCGUAUCGAAGUACUCAAUCAAUCCAAAGAAGAAAUGUCCUUGGUAAACCAAAAUUCCUUAUGCAGAUUAGUAUUGGAAUGGGUGAAAAGGCAAUUGAGUGAAGAGAGUCUAAAAUUUUCCGAUCUCAUGGAAAAAACUUUCAUGUUGUAUCUCGCUUUAGAUAAUUCCCUUCAGGAUUGUUCGAGUUUACCUUCAGGCGACAUCAGCGACACCGAAAUGGUCCAGGAUUAUAAAAAACUCUCCUUAAAAGUCAAACAGGGAGUGAGUAAACCUAAGAGGAAAGUAUUGGGACAACCGUUGAAACCUCGGGUAUUAAUUUACAAUCGAGAAAUCGGGGAAGAAUUGGAAAACGAAUUAGAACCCGAUUGGAAUCUUAUAGGUGUCACUAGCGUCGGGGAACACAGUUUUUUAGCUCUGAUGACUUUGGGAGGGAAAUUGUCGACUCUAUCAGUACAACUCAAGUUGAAUACACCUUCUACGCCGUCUCCGGUAUUAACGCCGGACGUAAGUAGAUCGACUAGCGAAGAAAAACCGGAUUUGUAUUGCGCAAUAGCGAAUAUGUCGUGUCACAGAUGCGCACUCGGGUGCGGUAAUUUCAAUAAUACUUUGAUCGUUUGUGGGGGCUACGAUCGAACGGAAUGUUUAAAAUCAGUCGAACAAUACAUACCAGAAACGAACACAUGGAAAACCCUUCCUCAAAUGAGGGAAAACAGAGGGCGCUUCAAAAUCGCCGUCCUCGACGACAAAAUCUACGCCAUCGGUGGCAGCAACGGCACAACGGAAUUAGAUUCAGUCGAAAUGCUCGACAUGUCCAUAGGUAAAUGGGUAAAAAUGCCCAAAAUGCCUUUAGCGCGAAGCAAUAUGGGCGUUUGUACGCUCGACAAAAAAAUAUAUUGCAUAGGGGGAUGGAACGGACAAGUCGGUAUCAAACAAUGUCACGUAUACGACCCCGAAACGGCCGCUUGGACGCCGAUCGCAAAUUUAAACGCCGGACGAUAUCAAGCUGGUGUGACCGCUUACAAUAACUUGGUGUACGCCAUAGGGGGUUCGGACGCUUGGAAUUGUCUUUCCUCCGUGGAGUAUUACAACCCUGAAGAUGAUACGUGGAACAUAUCGAAACCUAUAAUAACAGCUAGAAGAGGUUGCGGUUUAUCGGUGUUUAAUAACAAAUUGUACGUGAUCGGCGGUUCGGAUGGUUCGCAUUCUUUGAAUACCACGGAAAUAUUCGACGAGGAGACGCAGACUUGGUCCUUUGGACCUUGUAUGACUACACCGAGGGCUAAUAUGGAAGUGGCGGUUGUCGGGGAUCGGUUAUACGCCGUCGGGGGGUUUUCAGGGAAAACUUUUUUGAAUACCAUCGAAUAUUUGGACGAGAAAAGUAACGAAUGGACGACGUUCGUACCGAAAGGUAGUUGCGAAAUGUUGGCUAGAAGGAAACCUAGGAGUCGCAGGAAUUCGAGGAAGAGCGUUUCGGAGGAUAAAAAAUCGAUUAGUUCUCCUCCUUCUGAUAUUAUGGAAAUUAACGUGACGAAUCAGGAUAAAAGGAUCGAGGAUAAUCUAUAAGGAUGUUUUUUUUAUUUUUAUUUUUUUUAGUAAAUAAUGUCGUAUAUAAAUCUUGGAUCACACUAUUAUAUAUAAAUAUAUAUGAUAGGGGUUUGUAUUAUCCGAAAUAAGUAUUAUAUUCGUGUUGUACUGAAUCAUUUUAUUUUUUUUUUGUUUUAUUGGAACAGAUUUUCUGAUUUCAGUGGGAAAAUUUUUUUUCUGAGAUAUAUUGUAUGAGGUGAUUGCUUUGUUCAAUUUUUUUUAAUUGUGGUACAAUUUUUCAUAAUUUUUUUCGAUUUUUGGUGAUGAAAAAGGCCUUUAGAUCAGUUUUGAGGUUAUUGAAAUCGAUAUUUGAUGAUUUGGUGUAUAAAUUUUGAUUUUUUACUUUGUUAAUCAAUCAAAAAGAGUCAAAUCAGUGUUUGUUGCUUGCUUUUUUCAAUAUUUUCGAAUUUUUUUUUUAUUUUUAGUGAUAAAAUUGGUCUCUGGAUCAGUUUUGUGCUUAGGAUGAUCAAUUUUUGAUGAUCCAGUUUCAAAAUUUUGCUAUUUUGACUUUUCAAUCAAUCAAAAAGACUCAAAGUGUUUGGCGAUUGCUUUUUUCAAUAUUAUCGAUUUUAGUUUGUUUUUUAUCUUUUUUUUUAUUUUUGGUGAUAAAUUUGGUCUCUGGAUCAGUUUUGUGAUUACCCUAAUCCACAAAAAUUGAUCACCCUGAUCAAUUUUUGUGGAUCUAGUUUCUGAAUUCUGCUUUUUUGACUUUAUAAUCAAUCAAAACGAGUCAAAAAAGUGUUUGGCGAUUGCUUUUUUCAACAUGUUCGAUUUUUAGUUUGUUUUUUAUCUUUUAUUUUGGAUUUUUGGCGAUAAAAUUGGUUUCUGUUUCAGUUUGGUGGUUAGGAUAAUCAAUGUUUGGUAAUCUAGUUUCUGAAUUCUGCUUUUUUGACUUUAUAUUCAAACAAAACGAGUCAAAAAAGUGUUUGGCGAUUGCUUUUUUCAAUAUGUUUGAUUUUUAGUUUGUUUUUUAUCUUUGGUGAUAUAAUUGGUUUCUGGAUCAGUUUUGUGGUGAGGAUGAUCAAUUUUUGAUGAUUUAGUUUCUAAAUUUUGCUUUUUUGACUUUGUAAUCAAUCAAAAAGUACCAUAUAAGUGCUUGGUGAACGGUUAGAUCAAUAUUUUCAAUUAGUGUUUAAUUUUUUCCACUUCUCUUAAUUUCUUAUAAAAACUGGAUUUUUAUCAACAUGUGUGGUUAUUAAAAUCGAUAUUUGAUGAUUUGGUAUUUAAAUUUUGAUUUUUUACUUUGUUAAUCAAUCAAAAAGAGUCAAAAUAAUGUUUGUUGCUUGCUUUUUUCAAUAUUUUCUAUUUUUAUUAUAUUUUUUGGAUUUUUGUUGAUAAAAUAUAUCUCUGGAUCAUUUUUGUGAUUAGGUUGAUCAAUUUUUGAUGAUCUAGUUUCUAAAUUUUGCUUCUUUCACUUUGUAAUCGUGGCACAAAAAAGUGUUUGGUUAUUGCUUUUCUACAAUAUUUGCAAUUGGUGGUACAAUUUUCAUCUUUUUCAGAAUUUUUUGUAAAAAAAAUGGACAUUGAACAGAAUUUAUGGCAAGUGAUAUCGAUUUACAACAAUUUAGUAUCUAAAUUUUGCUUUUUGACUUUGUUAAUCAAUUAAAAAGAGUAAAAAAGUGUUUGGUGAUUGAUUCCUUCAAUAUUUUCGGUUUGCAGCACAUUUUUUGCAUUCUUAGUGAUAAAAAUAGACUUUUGGUUAAAUUUGUGGUUAUUAAGAUCGAUAUUUCAUGAUUUAGUAUCUAAAUUUUGCUUUUUCAUUUUAUUAAUCAACCAAAAAGGGUCAAAAAAGUGUUUGGCGAUUGCCUCCUUCAAUAUUUUAAAUUUGUGGUUCAUUUAUUCAACAUUUUUUUGUAUUUUUAAUGAUAAAAAUGGAAUGUUGUCACUAUUGACGCUACCAAUUCCAAUAUUAUCACCAUUGACAUCACUAUUGCUCUAAUUUUGAUCACAUAUAUGCCACUAAACCUUAUUUUGUUACUGUCAAAUCCAUUUUGUCACUAUUGACGCUACUAAUUCUAAUAUUGACACUAGUGACAUUACUAUUGCUCUAAUUUUAUCAUUAUAGCUCUCCCUACAAGUUAACGAAACUCAUUAAAAAGUACUUAUCACUGUGUUAGCUCUAUUACUUGAAACAAUGGCAAAUACCACUAACGUGUUAUAUAAGGGGCUACGUAUCUAGUAAUAAAAACAUCGUUUUUUUUUUAAUUUUUGAUCACCAUUCAGAUGAAUAUCCAUGUUCAAACUGAUUUAAAAUUGAAAAACAAUACGAAUUCAAAAAAUAUCUUGUGAAACACCAAAAAUCUUAUUAAAUUCGAUUUGUAAACGUUCAUUUUGUAAAUUGAGAAUGGUUCUAAAGGAUCUCAACGGUCCUUUUGGUCUUUUUAUUUAUAUAAAAACCGCCGAAUUAAGUUGAGGAGGUUUCACUGGACUGGCAAUAAAAAAGAAAUGAAUAGUUCCUUCGAUACAUAUUGAUCAGUAUUAUCCUCAUUUAACGAUAUAUCCUCCAAUAUUACCUGAUUCAUUCACUGGGCAUUUAAAUAUGUCAAUUUAGUACAAUCAGUAGUUAAUUUGUCAUAGAAAAGUGAUCACUUGAGGCAAUUGUCGCUGCAAAAAUAUUUUUUUACAAAACAAAUUGUUUCUCCAACAUAUUCCGAAGGCAUUAGGUUUAUUUCUGAUGAACCUAUAAUAAGAGAUAUUUAUAUAAAUGAUCAUUUCUCUUAUAGGUAAUUUGUGGUUAAUUAAUAAAUGUUUUAUUAUAA